CAUAACUUGAACUAACUUCUUUGGAAAAAGCAUACUUUUCCGUUGCAGCUAUAGAUAUUCCUUCCUUUUUCAUGAUUAACACAUACAAUUUUGGCACUAUUUCCAUUGUCCUCUAGAAAUACAACAUAUAUUUAUAUUACUAUCUCAUUUUUAUCUGCAAAACUUCCCACAACAACCACAUUUUUCACCAUGACAUACCAAUUUAGUAAACCAGUGGUACUACUUGCCAAUGUCCUUCUUGUCCUCACCCUUCUAGUUUCAGGCUCACUAGUCCUCUCCCAGGAGACUGUUUCAUCAACCGAUGAAACGUCCCCAAGCACGAACUCCAUGAUGAUUCAAGCCUGUAACGGCGUUGAUAAUCAUACUUCGUGCCUCGACAAGUUGCAAUCGAGGAUCACAAACUGGGGUCAUAACCGGAACCCAACCUCAAUCCUCAAGGCCGCCCUUGAGAACACGCUUAAUGAAGCCAGACAGGCCAUCGACUCGCUCAACACGUUCACCACCUUCUCUUUCAGUCCUCGGGAGCAAAUCGCGAUCGAGGAUUGCAAAGAACUCCUAGACUUUUCAGUCUCCGAGCUCGCAUGGUCUUUAGCCGAAAUGAACCGGGUUCGAUCCGGUUCCAGGAGUCCUCACUCUGAAGGGAAUCUGAAAGCGUGGUUGAGUGCCGCACUGAGCAAUCAAGACACUUGCUUGGAAGGUUUCGAAGGGACCGACCGGCGGCUCGAGAGAUUCGUGAGGGGAAGUCUUACACAAGUAACUCAACUCAUUGGCAACGUUUUGAGUUUGUAUACUCAGUUGCAUGGUUUACCAUUUAAGCCACCAAGAAUCAACAACAACACAGCCUUUUCUGGUGUUCAUGAAAGCGUGAUUUAUCCAGAGUGGAUGACUGAAGGGGAUAAACAGAUUGUUCAUUCUAGUCCCAACGGAAUGCAUGUUGAUUCUGUUGUGGCUUUGGAUGCAAGUGGGCAUUAUAGAUCUAUAGCUCAAGCAAUUUAUGCUGCUCCAAGCUACAGUAAUCGGAGGUAUAUUAUAUACGUGAAGAGGGGAGUUUACCAUGAAAAUAUUGACCUGAAGAAGAAGAAAACAAACAUCAUGCUUGUCGGAGAUGGGAUUGGGGCUACUGUCAUCACCGGUAACCGGAACUUCAUGCAAGGUUGGACCACUUUCAGAACAGCCACUGUUGCUGUUUCGGGGAAGGGAUUCAUAGCCAGAGACAUUUCAUUCCGAAACACGGCCGGACCACAAAACCACCAAGCCGUGGCGCUUCGGGUGGAUUCCGACCAAUCGGCAUUCUUCCGGUGCAGCAUGGAGGGGCACCAAGACACACUUUAUAGCCAUUCUCUCCGCCAAUUCUACCGUGAAUGCAACAUUUAUGGCACCAUGGACUUCAUCUUUGGCAAUGGUGCAGCUGUCUUUCAGAACUGCAAAAUAUACACUGCUGGGGACCCAUUGCCCCUUCAGAAGGUGACCAUUACAGCCCAAGGCCGAAAAAGCCCAGACCAAAGUACUGGAUUUUCGAUCCAAGAUAGUUAUGUUUAUGCAACUCAACCCACUUAUUUAGGCCGACCUUGGAAAUUGUAUUCAAGAACUGUGUUCAUUAACACUUACAUGAGUUCUCAGGUUCAGCCCAGAGGCUGGCUAGAAUGGUAUGGGAAUUUUGCUCUGAACACGUUGUGGUAUGGUGAGUAUAGGAAUUAUGGGCCUGGAGCAUCUCUUUCGGGUCGGGUUCAGUGGCCUGGAUACCACAUCAUCAAGGAUGCUUCAGUGGCUAGUUUCUUCACGGUGGGAAGAUUUAUCGAUGGAAUGUCUUGGUUGCCUGCUACAGGUGUCAAGUUCUCAGCUGGCUUGACUAAUUAAAUAAGUAGGGAUAUAUUGAGCAUUUUAGGAAAAUUCUAAUUUAAUCGACGGGAUGACCUUAUAAUUUUUAGGUUGAUGUGAAAUUACGAAUCAACAAUAGUUGAAAGUUGAAAUUUUAAGCUGAACCAUUCAGUCGGUGGGACAUAAUUGUAUUACUCUUAUUCUUUAAUUCAUUUAUAAUAUAGUCUUUGCUGGGAGUGAAGAAAUAUCAAAUAGUUAUAAUAAUAUUUUUAUUGCUCGUUUAAAUGUGGUGUUAUAUAUCUCAAGUGAUGUUUAGUUAAAUAUGUAGCACCAUUUUAUGUGGUAAAUAUAG